GUCCUUCCUCAUUCAACCACACCUGCCGCCCUGGUCGAUCUGCCCUUGCCAACCACCCCCGGUGAUUCUCGCCGACGCCCACCCGCGUCGCUCCGCUGCUCCGAUACACGCGCCGUCGACCUGUUCAUAUAGGGACACCAAAUCCCUAAACCAGUAUUCUCCUCUCAUAAACCUUGUUUCCACCAGUUUGGGUGCGCUUCAGAAUUUCUACCAAAAAAAAAGAAGAAAAUGUUUUUCCAUAUAGUCUUGGAGAGGAACAUGCAGCUUCACCCUCGUCACUUUGGCCGCAAUCUCCGGGAGAAUCUCGUAGCCAAGCUCAUGAAAGAUGUUGAAGGGACUUGCAGUGGCCAACAUGGGUUUGUGGUUGCCAUUACGGGGAUUGAGAACAUCGGAAAAGGGCUGAUUCGUGAUGGCACAGGGUUUGUUUCAUUUCCAGUCAAGUAUCAGUGUGUUGUUUUCAGACCAUUUAAAGGAGAGAUCUUGGAAGCCGUGGUUACAAUGGUGAACAAGAUGGGCUUUUUUGCUGAGGCUGGUCCGGUUCAAAUCUUUGUUUCAAACCAUUUGAUACCGGAUGAUAUGGAGUUUCAGUCUGGUGAUAUGCCAAACUAUACAACAUCAGACGGAUCUGUUAAGAUUCAGAAAGAUAGCGAAGUUCGGUUGAAGAUAAUUGGAACCCGAGUGGAUGCAACAGAAAUUUUCUGCAUUGGUACUAUCAAAGAUGAUUUCUUGGGUGUCAUAAACGAUCCUGCGAGUGUUUAGGAAAUGCAAAACCCAGGGUUAACAAAAGGGAGGAGUCAUUGAGUCACUAUGUCCAGGUUCAAACACCAUGUAAACCUUGUGGGAUCUAGUAUUUAUAGACAUGCAAAUGUAAUGUCAGCCAAGUAAAGUUUGAUCUGUGGAAAACAACAAAAACUGUGAACCUUCUUGGUAUUUGGAUUUGGCUUUUGUAUGCUGUAUUUUCUGACAAUUUGAGUGAUCUUAUAUGUUCAGUUUUUUUCUAUGUAGUGAUUGAUCACCAUGAGGAACUUAUUAAGAGUGAGAGUUAGCAAGCCAAUGUAUUGACAUUAAGUCCA